AUGACUCACAGCCGUGAGCCGUCUCCCGAUGAGUUCGGUUGUAUGGAAUUGCAUUCUGCCGCCGUGCAUGCAGAGAUAUGGUCGCCAGGCGCGGUCAUAUGCUUCGGUAUGACACUUGCUCUGGACCGCGCAGAGACUUCGGAAGAAAUGGCUUCAUGGGCACCGGCCGAGAUUCCCCAGGAAGUAGCACUUGAAGAAGCUCGACAGGUGCUCGCUGAGUAUUAUGAAGCUCGACGGCUGAGAAUGCAAGAAGACCCGUUAGUUGGAGAUCUGAGGUAUACCGUUCUCAUUGUUGUUGCUAUUCUUACUUGUGAAGUCAGUUGUUUCAAGUUUGUCGAUGUGUUACGACUAUCACAUGCAGGAAUAAUGAAGGCUCAUACUUGCGCGCGGUGA